UAGAUUUAAAAAUAAAUAAAACAUAACGCCUCAGAACGAAGAACCUCCAGCUCUCACAUAGUUCGACCGAGCCGGCAGUCGCAAUCCUGUCCGUCCGCCUGCGGUGGGAUGCAGUUCAGCCUAAAUUCCUGCACAAGCUGUCAUUUCUCCGUGCUCGUCCCAUCGCUGCAACGGCAGGUUCACCCCGCUUCGCAUUGGUCUAUUUCAGCUGCCUUGAAAGCGGCUUUAUAAGUACCAUCGAGACGACACUUCCGGUCCGUACCCGAGGCAUGUUGGGAAAUGUAGUCGAGGCGGACCUAUCACGUUCAAGGAUGAAAGCCUCUGUGUGAUGUUGAAGACAGAUGUUUUUGUGUUAGCCCUUUUCACACAGGCGUUUAAAAUAUUCUAGUUAUGUCCUUUCUGCUGUAGUUAAGUAUAUUGCUGCUGUUUAUUAUGUUUCCGUUUGAUUUUAUUAUCUCUAUCCAUCCAUCUAUCUAUCUAUCUAUCUAUCUAUCCAUCUAUCCAUCUAUCCAUCUAUCCAUCUAUCUAUCUAUUAUCAUAGGCUAGUGUAGUUAUUGCAUUUUAACUGACUUGAUACCAUAAUUAACUACUUUAAUGAAUAAAAACGUCUGAUAGAAUUAAAUAUUAUUAUUAUUAUUAUUAUUAUUAUUAUUAUUAUUUGUUUCUAUUCACGCAUUUGAAAGUAGCUUUCCAUUGACUCUUCAUUUAUUGAUGGAUAUUCUCCAACCAUAACACAAUGUUUAUUCAUUAAUAUAUGUAAUCACUCAAUGUAUUUGCGUUGGUGUUUUGUAAAGCAGCAUGGCAGCUCUUUGACAACCCUCCCUCUGUCUCCAUAAAUUUGACAUCAUGGCAGUGCUGCUGUGUCCUGCCGCUGUCUGUUUAAGCACCUUGGAGAACUCCGUUCGACAGCAGAGCGCACUGCAGAGGUUGAAUCGGGAUUGUGCGUAAAAUUACGUCAAAUCCGCACGGAAGUACCAGAUGCUGCACUGACAGGACUGCCUCCCUGUGCUCACCCUUUGUUGAUGAUAUUAGCUGACGACAGUUUACUGUUUCAGGUUUAGACUGCAUGGUUUUACACUAUACCCCACUCUCCUCGCUGCCAGUGCAUGUUAUGGAAGCACCAGGGCAGAUUUAAAGUGAUACGUUUUGCUUCAUAUUCAUCCUAAAAUCGGUCGGGUUUCACUGGAUUGGCCGAGGCAAAUGCCACUCUAUGAACUCUUCCAGCGUGCAUGACUCUCGGUAUAAACAGCAUGGCCAUUGCACAUUCCAGCUGGUCUAAAUAUAUCUAUUAAGGCCACAAGAGGGGGAGGACUGUUGUACGUGGUUUGUCCUGGGACGUUUCACUGUCGUGGUGGACUCGCACCACUUGAAUCACCUUCCUAAAAUUGACAAUUGUUUUUUAGCAGAGGAGAACUUGGCCCUAUUCAAACAUGCCAUCGAGUUACAAUAUGAGAGCCAGGGCGAGGGAGAGAAACAGCGUUCUGAGCAGACCUGAGUUUUUGUCUCUGAACCAGCCCCUCCGCAGCGGCGCUGCCGGGGGCGGCGGCGGUGGCCCCCCUGAGAGCCGAGGGGGCGCGAGGAGACCCGGUCCGAUCAAGCACCAAACAAGCCAGCCGAGUGAGGAACCGGUCGAGCCAAGCAAGUUGCCCGAAGAAGACUGUAUGCUGCUGAACCCCUCUUUCAAGGGAAUCGCGAAGAACUCCCUCCUCGCGAUAGACAUCUGUCUGUCUAAGCGCAUGGGGGUGUGCGCCUACACGUACUCCUCCUGGGGAGGCUGCCGCUCCAUGGUGUCCCUGUUAGCGUUCACAGGCCACGGCAUCACGUGGAUCAUUGGCACUAUCCUGUGUCUCACGAGGAGUAACACUCUGGCAGGGCAGGAGGUCCUGGUCAACCUGCUGCUUGCCCUCAUUGUUGAUGUCAUGACUGUGGCUGGCGUCCAGAGACUGGUGAAGCGCAGAGGACCCUGGGAGAUGAUGCCGGGCUUGAUGGACUGCGUUGCCAUGGACACUUACUCCUUCCCAGCUGCUCACGCUAGCCGGGCCGCCAUGGUUUCCAAGUUUCUGCUGUCUCACCUGGUCCUGGCUGUGCCGCUACGCAUCCUGCUAGUGCUGUGGGCCGUUCUGGUGGGCAUGUCCCGUGUGCUGCUGGGGAAACACCACCUAACUGAUAUGGUGUGCGGCUUCGCGCUGGGCAUGCUCCACUUUAGCCUGAUGGAGACAGUUUGGCUCUCAUCAAGCACCUGUCAGACUAUUAUUUCUAUCAGCACGCUCAGCUGGAGCCCUUUUUUCUGAGCUUUUGAUAUAAUUCUAUGCUAGCGCUCAAGGCUAAUUUGAUACACUAAACUUGCAGUGUUAAGGAACAGUGACAUUUUUUUGCAAGCUCCAAAGUUCUUAUCGCAGGUUGUGACCUGUACAUUUGGAUUUUUGGAAUCAAAUGCUGGCUUGCAUGUAACACCCAGGACAGGCAUGUCACAAAAACAUCAUAAUGUAACUUCAUAAUGCUUUACAAGUCCUAGUAUUUUCAAUCAAACCUACAAAAAGACACCACUAUAUCUGCUUAAUUUAAAAUAAGUCCUGAUAUUAAAGCAAAAAUUCAGACUUUUUGACUGGUCAAAUUGCACACGCAGGAUCAUCUUUUUCUAAUUGUUUUCUAUACUCAUGUAGUAUGAAAGCUGGUAUAAUUGCAACUCUUUCUAUUCAACAAAUUAUCUCUUGAAUCAGUGUGCCUCUUCCUCUUUGCCAUUUUACUUCCUUUUUUUCCUUCCCUGCUACCUCUUGCUCUUUUCUCAUUUGUUCUUAAUAAUUGUGCUUCUAUUUUUGAACUAGUGAUAUGCUUAAACCAUGUUGGACACUGAUUAGCUUGGUGUAAGGCUUUAAUAUUGGAUGUAACAAUAAAAUAUAUAAAGUAAUGGUUGUUUGGAUAUUUUGAUAAUUGUUUCUGAUUGGCAUGACUAUAAUGUUUAUAUAUUUCUGAUGCGAUUCCAUUCUCACUAAAUGUUGAUCAAAUUUUAACACAUUCUGAUGCCUCUGUGUAAAACGAAUGAUACUCCCACAGAAUUUUUUCUCACAAAGGUCAAAUUUAACUUCUUUUGACAUGCCAUUAUGAUUUACUGAGUCUAACUGUAUUUUUAUUUUAUAGCAGAUGUUUCUCACUACUGUACAAUAGCCUAACACAUUUUAAUGAUAUGCCCCACAAAACAAAUUCAUUAACACAUUUUCUCUAUCUUUUUCAAAUGUGUUUUUUUGUGGGUCUUAUGGGAAAAAACUUGCUGUUUUUUGUGAGGAACUUUUUAUUGGUUUGGUGUGUAAAUACAGUUUUGUGUCCAUUAGUUUGCUUUGUUCUGUACAGAGAUCUGUCCGGUUUUUACUUUGUAUUUUUUCCAUCUCAUUAAUAAAACGAGGUGGGCUGUCAGUAAAACG